AGUUCGUUCAGCGUCGGUCAAUGCAGUUGUCAGCACCGCGCUGGAACGAGGCGUCCCCCCUCUCCCCAUCUCUCUCUCUUGCUAGUCGGUGAGAGGCGGCGAGAUGGCUAGAUCCGGCCGCCACCUCCGGUUCGGCGGAGAUAAGGCGGUGGACUGGAUCCGGAGAUGCGGCGAAGGCGGCAUCACCUAUGCUUACAUUCUCCUCUACAUUGCCUUGUCCAGCGGCCAGAUCUUCUUCAAUAAGUGGGUUUUAUCUUCCAAAGAGAUCAACUUCCCAUAUCCUGUUGCAUUAACCUUCCUGCACAUGUUGUUCUCUUCAGUAUUGUGCUUUUUGCUCACCAAAGUUUUCAAGAUUAUAAAGAUUGAAGGGGGGUUGACUUCAGACAUAUAUAUCACAUCAGUCAUACCAAUUGGUGCCAUGUUUGCAAUGACUCUUUGGUUGGGAAAUAGUGCCUAUCUCUAUAUAUCAGUUGCAUUUGCCCAAAUGCUGAAAGCUACCAUGCCUGUUGCUGUAUUUUUUCUUGGGGCAGCAGUAGGUCUUGAAGCAAUGAGUUGCAAAAUGUUCACGAUCAUGUCUGUGAUCAGCAUUGGCGUAGUUGUGGCUUCAUAUGGGGAGAUAAGCAUCAGCUGGGUUGGAGUAGUUUACCAGAUGGGUGGUGUGGUUGGUGAGGCUUCCAGACUAAUCUUCAUGGAAAUAUUUGUGAAGAAAAAGGGUGUUCGACUGAAUCCCAUAUCAAUGAUGUACUACGUCAGUCCCUGCAGUGCUUUGUGCCUUUUUGUUCCUUGGAUUUUCUUGGAGAAAUCAAAGAUGGAUUCAAGUGAACCAUGGAACUUCCCAGUGAUCACAUUGGCCCUCAAUUGUCUCUGUACAUUUGCACUUAAUCUGUCCGUUUUCCUCGUGAUUUCUCGUACAAGUGCGCUGACAAUCCGUGUAGCUGGAGUUGUCAGGGACUGGGUUGUAGUUUUGCUUUCUGCUUUGCUGUUUUCAGAUUCAAAGUUAACUGUCAUCAACCUAAUCGGUUAUGGUCUAGCUAUUGCAGGUGUCAUAGCAUACAACAACAACAAGUUAAAGAAAGAGGCAUCCCAAGUAAAUCCCAUAGUCAAUGAUUUCGUUGCUCAAGAAAGAUCACAAGAUUUUGAAGAACAGGUAGCUAUGCUUCCACCAAGAGAAGGUUCUUGAGAGUCUAACAACCACCCACAUCUUGAGGCUGCUGAAUUAGUAUCAACUCUUCAUACAAAGAAGGAACCAUCAUUUGAUUGUAAAACAUGGAAAACUAUUAUAAAAAAAAAGUCGAAUUUCAUCACAAGGAGCAGCAAGAAACUAAACAUUUUGGUGUUCCAUGCAAAAGUUUUGACUAGAGGGUUGAAAUAUAAAAACCUGGAAGUUUCAUUUUUUGAAAAGAUUAAAGUUUCUCAGCAGUGUUGAAAGAUUCUCAAAAUUUUGUGCCUCUCAGAUUCUGAUUGUAAACCUUCAUGAAUUUUACUUUUCCCCCCAAAUUCUUGUCUGAGUAUAUACCAGACUAUUGUAUCUACCUUGAUUAGACGAUCCUGUAGUUAAGACUUGCUGCCAAUAUUGUUUGUUUAUAUUGUCUCAUCUUUGGUUA